AUGGGAAACCCUCCAACCCCCGACCGUGAGGGGGCGGAUGCCAGUCCCCCGCCUUAUUCCCCAUAUGUCGAUCCCCAGUUGACUGCAGAGUCGGGCAAUGUUCACGCUGAUGGUCGUAUUGAUGUGAAUCUGGAAUCUAAGCUCGCCAAAUCACUUGCUCGUAUUGCCGACCAGCUAGAAGACCUUUAUUAUCCAUUGGAUUUUACAGAUGCUCAAAUCACACAGCCUGCCUCCUGUGACUUGAAGCUAAAUAUCGUUAUCCAGAUCGUGGGCAGUCGUGGAGAUGUUCAGCCAUUCAUUGCACUGGGCAACGCCCUACAAAGCCAUGGCCACCGAGUCCGCAUCGCAACUCACGACGUCUUCGAGAAUUUUGUCAAGGAGUCAUAUUUGGAAUUCUUUCCUAUUGGCGGGGAUCCAGCACAGCUCAUGGCAUAUAUGGUCAAAAACCCAGGCCUUAUCCCUCAACUACAAACAUUGCGGGACGGGGAAAUUAAGAAGAAGCAGAACAUGGUAGCAGAAAUGUUGGACGGCUGCUGGAGAUCAUGCAUUGAAGAUGAUCCUACCACUCAGGAGCCAUUUGUUGCAGAUGCGAUCAUUGCAAACCCUCCUAGUUUUGCACAUAUCCAUUGUGCACAGGCAUUAGGAAUCCCUGUCCAUCUGAUGUUUACCAUGCCGUGGACUAGUACCAAAGCUUUCCCUCACCCCUUGGCAGAUCUUCAUUCUGAAUCCAUGGAAGCGAGCACGGCAAAUUGGGUUUCAUACGGGGUGGUUGAGUGGCUAACAUGGCAAGGGCUCGGAGAUGUGAUAAAUAAGUUCAGAUCCAAGAUCGAUCUAUCGCCUGUGCCUGCAACGGAAGGGCCCUGUCUUUCCGAGGCCUUGAAAAUCCCCUUCACAUACUGUUGGUCCCCGGCCUUGGUUCCAAGGCCGCGGGACUGGCCAGCUUACAUCGAUGUUUGUGGAUUCUUCUUCCAAGACCCGCCAUCGUACACACCAACGCCUGAAUUGGCCGAUUUCUUACAAUCUGGAUCACCUCCUGUCUACAUUGGUUUUGGUAGUAUUGUCGUUGAUGACCCCCAGAAACUGAUUGACGCCGUGAUUAUGGCAGUCGAGAUCGCUGGUGUACGUGCAAUAAUUUCUAAAGGCUGGAGUGGUCUCGCUGGGCCUCCAAACCCAAAUAUCUUUUAUAUUGGCGAUUGUCCACACGGGUGGCUCUUCCAACAUGUUGCCGCUGUCGUCCACCACGGAGGCGCUGGAACUACUGCAUGUGGUCUUUUGAAUGCCAAACCUACUGCUGUCGUCCCAUUCUUCGGCGAUCAACCUUUCUGGGGCAACAUGAUCGCCAAGGCCGGUGCUGGUCCUUACCCAAUCCCAUACACUUCACUCAAUCCUGAAAACUUAGCGUCUGCAAUCCAAUUUUGCCUCAGACCAGAGGCAGAAGUUGCCGCUCAUGAGAUUUCCAUCAAAAUGAAAACCGAGUCUGGCGUGGAGGCAGCCGUCAACUCCUUUUAUCGCAACUUGCCAUUGGAUCGAAUGCGAUGCAGUGUCAUGCCUGGUCACCCAGCAGUAUGGGCCUAUACCAAAGGAAAGAUAUCUCUGCCAUUGUCGAAAACUGCUGUCAGUAUUCUACUUCAGCACGAACGAAUAAAUGCACAAAAUAUUAAAUGCUAUGUUGUCAACCCGAUACUUAUUGAGAAUCGUCGCUGGGAUCCUUUGACCGGUGUGUUGUCUGCUGCCACGGGUACUGGAACAGGUAUGUUACGAUCGACUGGAGAGAUGAUUUACAACCCAUACAAGGAAUUUAAGCGUGGCCGUGCUAUACAAUCCCCAGAGGGUAGUUCUCGAUCAGCAAGCAAUGCAGGUUCGUCCUUGGGCGCAAUAAAUUCAUUUUCCGACGGAAAAGGUUCCCGGCCCGGAGCGAAAAGAACUAGCAGUGGUCGACAGGACCCAUUCGAAACGGCUGGUAACAUGGCCGAGGCGGGACUACAGGGCUUUGGUAAGUUCUGUGGCACAUAUUUCAGAGGUGUGAUAGUCGACAUCCCACAUGCAGCCGCAGAAGGCUUUCGAAGAGCUCCUCAGCUCUAUGGAGAAAAGCCAAAGGAUUAUGGAACUGUGACAGAUUGGAAAUCUGGAUUAGAAGUUGGCGGGAAGAACUUCGUCGGUGGAAUGGCUAGUGGCAUUGCAGGCCUCUUCACAGAGCCACUCAAAGGGGCAUUGGAGAAUGGAAAGGACGGCGCACUGAAGGGUCUUCAACGAGCGGCCUUAGGGAUGGCUACGAAGAUGCCUUCCGCUGGAAUUGGAUUGUAUGCUUAUCCGUUCCAAGGUAUUUCAAAAAGUAUAGAAGCUGCUUUUAGGACUCAAACGCCCAAGGCUAUUGUAAGUGCACGACUCAGAGAUGGGUAUGCGCACACGAGCGGAAUGCAGCUGUCUCAAGAAGAAGAGGCCGAAGUCCUCCAGAUUUUCGAUGUACUUCUGAAUUCAAUGAGGGCCUAG